AUGGAAAAAACACAAAAAGGAACGCGCAUAGGGCCGCUGCCUGGGGGUCGCCGGGGCGCGUCUGGAGCUGGCGCUGGACGCGUCAGCAUGCGGGCCGCCAGCCGAGUGCGAGGAGCUGCACGAUCACCUAGCAGCCCUUCGCAUCCAUCAUCCCCACCAGAAGGCUUGGUGUCGGCUGGGUCUUCUCGGACCCAGCAAGCGGCACCCGCCGCUGGUGGAGCACGUCGCAUGCGUUGGACAAAAUCCAUGAACGAAAACGCAUUGCGGGCGUACUAUAGGGCGAAAGGGGAAGAAACUGUGGGAAUAGCGUAUAGGUCUCGGAUGCAUUGCUUUUUUGCUGAGCUGGAGCCGUCUAUCCCCGUCAUGGAACAAAACCUAGCAGACCGAGUUCGGUACAUCAUGCGCUCGAAAAUAUUUGAUGAUGCCGAACUCGAACGACUACGACGUGAGGCUAUUCCAUCGUUGAAUGAAUUGGCUAUGGCUGGAGAUGCAGCUCCACAUUCGACAGACCAGCAUCCACACGUGGAAGCCGCCAUGGAUCUUCCAGUUGUGGUUGAUUCGAACGACAAUGAAAUAGUCUCCCACGAACUAGAGCAAAUGAGGAGUAUAUUGGAAGAGGCGAUUUUGGAAACGCGCAGCACCCCUCUCGAAAAUCGACCGCGACUUCCCCGCAUACCCUUAAGCAAGCGAAAUCGGGCUGUCGUGAGGGCUCUUAACCCAAUGCUGGUGACCUAUUUGGAAGCCAGCCGGGACCUUUGCGAGAUCGCAAAGGACUCGAUUCUCUUUGGCGCCGCAGUGGCAGUUUGCCGUAUUAUUGGCGCCAAACUUCCCACGGCUGGACGCGCUACUACACAAACUAACGCCAUCCUAGCCUGGUGGAAAAGAAUCGAGGACCGUAUCGCAAAGGCAAGGGCCCUUAUCGGCAGACUGACAAGCUUCAGGUCGGGUAAUAAUAGACCGAGGAUUAUGCGCACCGUUAGGAUGGCGUUUGCUGGGACAAAUAUCAGUUUGUCCCAGCCGGAUAUCACGCAGAAACUAACGGAGCGCAUAGACGACCUGAAGCAAAAGAUCGCUGCUUGGGGGAAGCGGAUUCGACGAUUUUCCGAGGGGUCAAGGCGGUUCAACCAGAAUCGUCUCUUCCAGAGUGAUCAGAAGAGGCUCUAUAAAUUAUUGGAGCGACCAAAGGUAUGUGGAGCGGGCCAAGGACCGGAUCAGGCUGACAUUAUCGCAUUCUGGCGUGGCCUGUGGUCAGAGCCCGUAAACCACAGUGAGGGCCCUUGGAUGGAAGUUGUGGCGAGCCAGGGUGCGAGUGUUACGCCUAUGGACCCCAUCACCAUAACGCCAGAAGACGUGGCUGAGGUGGUCCGUAGGGCCCCGAACUGGAAAAGUCCGGGGCUCAACGGGCUGCAUCAUUACUGGCUGAAGGGGUUCGUAGUGUGUCACGCUGUGCUCGCCCGACAGUUUCAAGAGGCUCUCAACCAGAAGUCACUCCCGAGCCUCUUCACUACUGGGAUCACUCACUUGGUUCCUAAAGAUCAGGAUACCACAGACCCGAGCAAAUACCGCCCCAUCACAAAAAGGAAUCCCUUUAAAUUUUAA